AUGCCUAUGGACAGAACAAAUGUACCGGUGAAGCUGUCGCUGCCGCUGCAAUAUCAGCAGCACAUCUUCACCGAAUUACGCACAGAGGAUGAGCUGGUCGUCCUCGCUCGCGGUCUGGGAUUGCUCCACCUCAUAACGAAUCUUCUUCACUUCUACGAUGCGGCCGGAAACAACUUGGUCUUGGUGGUUGGUGCGGAUGAUCGAGAGAAUGAAUGGAUCGGAGAGGCGCUGGCUGAACAUUAUGCGACAAGCAAGUCCCCGCUUGCGAGGGGGCUCAAGGUCAUCAACACAGAGAAGGCCACAGUGGCUAUGCGUGAACGGAUAUAUGCUGAAGGUGGCAUUCUGAGUGUGACAUCAAGAAUCCUCGUUGUGGACUUGCUAUCGAAGCUCCUCGAUCCCGAGAAGGUCUCGGGCAUGAUCAUCUUGCAUGCUGAUAAGUAUGCGACAUCUCUUGAAGCAUUCAUCGUUCGUAUCUACCGACAAGCAAACAAGCGCGGCUUUCUGAAAGCUUUCUCGGAUUCGCCCGAACCUUUGACUACUGGAUUUGCACCGUUGGCCAAUGUUCUUCGAAAUUUGUUCUUGCCCAAGGCUUCACUAUGGCCUAGAUUCGAGGUCUCAGUUGCUGAAUCCUUGGAAGGCCAUCGUAAGGCAGAAGUUAUCGAGCUGGAGGUGCCAAUGAGUGGCAAGAUGCGAGAGAUACAAAACGCUGUUCUUGAAUGUGUGGAAAUUAGCAUUGCGGAGCUCCGCAAAGCCAACACGGGUCUAGAUAUGGAGGAGUGGACCCUGGACAGCGCUUUGCACAGAAACUUUGACGUUUCAAUCCGAAGACAACUUGAUCCUAUUUGGCACCGCGUGAGCUUCAGGACCCGGCAAAUCGUCAGUGACUUGACGGACCUUCGAGGAAUUCUCCAUGCCUUGCUCACCAAAGGCACGUGUCCGACUCUUGAGCCUCUUCCAAAGUGGAACGUGGUGGCAGAGGUCCUUGGUGAGAUCGAGCAAGAUGCUUAUCUAAACCCGACCGCCCCUGAUGAAUCAAAUAGUACGAUUUUGAUCAUGUGCAGUGACCAGCGAACUUGCCGCCAGCUUCGCGAAUACAUAAGCACCAUGCAUGCCAAAGUUGCACAAUCUAUAUUGAAGAACGAUGAAGACGAGGAGGGCUCAUCUGCAGAGGUCAUGAUGCGGCGUCGACUGCGGGACUACCUCAACUGGAAGAGCUCCCUCUCAAAUGUGAAUAAAAACCUCUCCGAUGACGAUAGGCCAGGACGACUAUCGGAGUCAGCAACACCCCAGCAUCAAGGCCGACCUCCCCGAACAAGCGUCGCCGCCAGCGUGCAAACCGAGGUUGAGCUGCCGGGCCAGGUCGUGAGCCUACUCAACGAGAUCCAGCCCACCGAGGCCGAAGAAACACAGAAAGAAGAAAUUGUGAUUGAUGAUUUCGAAAACAUGGAAGACUUUUACGAACUUUACGACAUGAAUGACCUCGUGAUGAUACACCCCUAUGACGGCGAUAUGGAUGAUCAUAUACUGGAGGAGGUUCGACCUCGUUACAUUAUCAUGUACGAGCCAGAUGCGGCCUUCAUUCGUAGGGUGGAAGUCUACCGCAGUUCUCACUCGGGACGGAAUGUGAAGGUCUACUUCAUUUACUAUGGUGGGUCUGUUGAGGAGCAACGGUAUCUGAGCGCCGUCCGACGUGAGAAAGAUUCGUUUACGAAACUCAUCAAGGAGAAAAGGGGCGAUUAUAUUCUUACGCCAGAGAUUUGUGUAGAGCGCAAGUCCAUCCGUGAUCUGAUAUCAUCCCUCCGCAACGGUCGCCUCUACAACCAGGCCGAAACUAUGCUCCAGCACUACAAAACUCCUCUCCUUUUGAUCGAAUUCGAUCAGAACAAGUCUUUUACAUUCGAUGCAUUCGCAUCCGCUACGGGCCCAACUUCCUUCCUGAUGGAGCAAGGCUUUUCAUCUUCUGGUCAAGCCACGAGCACGAGCAGCAGUUCGAUGGCGAAUUCUUCAAACCCGAGAUCCGCGCAGCAUAUGUUGGUGCUUCUUAUCCUCGCUUUCCCACGGCUCAGGAUCAUAUGGUCCUCAUCACCCUACCAGACUGCAGAAAUCUUUGCAGAGUUGAAGAAAAAUGCUGCAGAACCAGACCCCCUGCGUGCCGUGCAAAUUGGGUUGGAUAUUCAGUUAUCUGAUGCUGGCAACGCCGGGGAUGUCAUGGCUGCUGCUGGAAUCGAGCAUCGAACCUUCAAUCUUCUCCCACAAGAUAUGCUGCGGGCCGUACCCGGUGUGACACCACAGGCUCUUGAACGGCUGAUACUAGAGACCGAAAAUCUCACUGAAAUCGCCAAUAUGGAGAUCGAUCAGCUGGAUUCGAUUGUCGGUAAAGAGGCUGCCCGUAAAAUCUAUAAAUUUUUCCGGAAAAGUGUCUUCGAGGAUUAG